UUAAGGCUCGGAAGGAUUCGGCUCGGGGAUAUUCGGCGGAGUUCGGCUCGGCCUCGGGCCGGCUCGGCUUCCGCCGCCGGCGGAGGCGGACAAAGUCGGUGGCGCAAGGCUGUGUCUGUGAAGCCAAACUGCGUCCGAAACCGGCGAGUAUCUGCUCAGAGCCGGCCAGGUCUAUCGACCGGCAACUACAAUCUGCUCAGCCUCCUACACAGUGAGGAGGAAACGCUCGGAAUUCUCGUGCAGCCUCGGAACCAUUCGGACAGACUCGGCUCCUCACUUCGGGCAGUUUCGGCCUUCCUCGGUUCCAGACUCUUGACGUCGGCUCGUCUCGGCUGGCAACCUCGGCUCCACUCGGCUAGCUCGGCGGACGGCCUCGGCUCGGCUCGGCGUGUGACUGACUGCUCUUCCGUCCCUGCUCGGGCGGUGGCUUCGGGCGGCCUCGGCCCGGCUCGGGUAGCCUCUUCGGGCCCCGCUUCGGGCGGCCCCGGACGGUGCCUUCGGGCGGGCUCGGCGGAGUCCGGAUGGAGGACUCGGACUCGGCGGCAAAGCAGCUGGGCCUGGCCGAGGCGGCAGCGGUGGCGGCCGCGGCCGCUGUGGCGGCGGCGGCCGCGGCCGCAGCGGGAGGCGAGGCGGAGGAGCCGGUGCUGAGCAGGGACGAGGACUCGGAGGAGGACGCGGACUCGGAGGCAGAGCGCGAGACGCGGCGUGUCACGGCUGUGGCGGUGAUGGCGGCCGAUCCCGGGCACAUGGACAUGAGCGCCGAGGCCCUGCCUGGCCCCGACGAGGCCGCCGCUGCCGCCGCCUUCGCAGAAGUGACUACAGUGACAGUGGCCAAUGUGGGGGCCUCUGCAGACAAUGUCUUCACGACAUCAGUGGCAAAUGCGGCGUCCAUCUCAGGACAUGUGCUGUCUGGUAGGACAGCCCUUCAGAUCGGGGACAGCCUGAACACCGAGAAAGCCACGCUGAUUGUUGUCCAUACAGAUGGGAGCAUUGUGGAGACGACCGGGCUGAAGGGUCCAGCGGCUCCUCUCACCCCAGGUCCUCAGUCUCCUCCAACCCCGCUGGCACCUGGCCAGGAGAAGAGUGGCACCAAGUACAACUGGGACCCCUCGGUGUAUGACAGCGAGCUACCUGUGCGCUGUCGGAACAUCAGUGGCACGCUCUACAAGAGUAGACUCGGCUCAGGUGGUCGGGGCCGAUGUAUCAAGCAGGGGGAGAACUGGUACAGUCCAACAGAGUUCGAGGCCAUGGCAGGAAGAGCCAGCAGCAAAGAUUGGAAGAGAAGCAUCCGCUAUGCAGGCAGACCCCUGCAAUGCCUCAUCCAGGAUGGAAUUUUAAACCCUCACGCCGCCUCUUGCACCUGUGCUGCCUGCUGUGACGACAUGACCCUGAGUGGUCCAGUCAGACUCUUCGUUCCUUACAAAAGGCGCAAGAAGGAGAACGAGUUACCCACAACUCCAGUGAAGAAAGACUCCCCCAAGAACAUCACGCUGCUCCCUGCCACUGCGGCCACUACCUUCACCGUGACACCCUCAGGACAGAUCACUACCUCUGGGGCGCUGACCUUUGACCGGGCGUCCACUGUGGAGGCUACUGCUGUCAUAUCCGAGAGCCCAGCCCAGGGCGAUGUCUUUGCAGGAGCCACAGUGCAAGAGGCCAAUGUGCAGCCCCCGUGCAGGGUUGGCCACCCUGAGCCCCACUACCCUGGCUAUCAGGAUAGCUGCCACAUCGCCCCGUUCCCAGAAGCUGCACUGCCAACGUCACAUCCCAAAAUAGUCCUGACAUCCCUGCCUGCCCUGGCAGUACCGCCCUCCACCCCCACCAAAGCCGUCUCCCCCGCAGUAGUCAAUGGGCUGGAGAUGUCGGAGCAGCGGAGCUGGCUGUACCUGGAAGAGAUGGUCAAUUCUCUGCUCAGCACCGCACAGCAGCUGAAGACGCUAUUUGAACAGGCCAAGCAGGCCAGCUCCUGCCGAGAGGCUGCCACAACCCAGGCUCGAAUGCAGGCCGAUGCCGAGCGAAAAGAGCAGUCCUGUGUCAACUGUGGCCGGGAGGCCAUGAGCGAGUGCACCGGCUGCCACAAGGUCAACUACUGCUCCACAUUCUGCCAGCGCAAGUGCCCUGCCCCACCCUUCCUCCACCCCACGUCCACAGACUCUCAACUGGCUCUGAAGUCACGUGUGUGCUGUGGCAAGACUGGAAAGACCAUCAGCACAUGUGUGGCCAGUCAGCAGCUGUCACUGUCCAGGCAGAUGAAGUCCAUGUGGAAGAGAGCGUGAUUGAGAAAGUCACUGUGUGAGCCAGGCCCCUCCCCACACCACUGUGAGGCUAUCGAAGCUCAAAGGCCUCUCAAAGAUGUGGGGGACAUUGAGAAGAGGGGCUGUGGGAAGUGAAGGAACUUGCUGGACAAGUUGUUAGCAGUCUGAGUGACUGUGUCCUCGGAGAUGAACUCCUCCUGCUGGAGCCCUGAGGAAUGGUGGUGGCAUUGCAGGGCAGGGUGCUUCGGCAGCCCAGGGUCCCUGCCCUGUCACGGUGCUCUUUCGUCCCUGGAUCAUGAGCGUCAGUUUUACUCACAGGAGUGCCCUGUGCCACAAUGUGUGUACAUAUGUGUUGUGUCUGUCAAUAAAGUUGUAAAUAAAGUUCCCACAG